CGAAUCUGAAAUCAGAAACACAGAAUUAUUUGAGGUGAAGAACUUCACUCGCUCCGGCAUUCGUUCCGCCGCUUCAAUUUCGCUAAUUUUCCGGUGACUCGCUCCGUCAAUUUCUUCGUCUCAGAUCUCUGCAUUUUUGUUGCUUCAGAUGAAAGGAGGAAAAUCGAAGGCUGAUUCCAGGAAAGCUGACAGCAAGGAAAUCAGGCUUGCUGUGAAGAAGACGACUAAGGAAAAGCAAUCAGCAAAGGACCCAAACAAGCCAAAGAGGCCUGCAAGUGCCUUCUUCGUUUUCAUGGAAGACUUUAGGAAACAGUACAAGGAAAAACACCCCACCAACAAAUCCGUUGCUGCUGUUUGCAAAGCUGGUGGUGAUAAGUGGAAAUCAAUGGAUGAAGAGGAAAAAGCGCCCUAUAUCGCUACGGCGGAGAAGCGGAAGAAGGAAUAUCAGGGGAAAAUGGAUGUCUACAACAGAAAAUUGUCUGGUGAUGGUGAUGACGAGUCCGACAAGUCAAAGUCAGACGUCAAUGAUGAUGAAGGAAGUGGUGAGGAGGAAGAGGACGAUGAUUGAGUGUUGUCUUAGAUGAUGUGUUAAUUUGUUUUGUGACAUUUGUUUAUAACAUCUUUAAGGUUCUCGUUGUACGGUUAGGCAGUACUUAUCGCCCCACUGUUUCUAAUUACGUGAAUUAGUAGUUGGAGUUUCUACUAUGCAAUUAAGCUUUAUAGCUUUCUAUGAACUUUUCGGAGUUAUAAAGUGAUGCUUUUUUUUUUGUGUGUGUGGGGCAAUUCGAAAUGAAAA